ACAGGCAUACGUGUGUCUCGGUGGCUCCAGUCUGCCACCCGCACGCUCCAGCUCAUGGACGCCCCACCCGACACGUGGGUGGCUCACCUCUCCACGCGCCUGCGUGGCGGUCCUUUCGAUGCCUGGGAGGAUUUCUGCUCUUACUCCCUUCAUGAGGGUCGGACUCGGACCUUCAUGGAUUUCCAGGCGUUCCUCGAGGAUCGCUUUGGAGCCCGAUAUGAUGUGACUGACGCCUUCGAGAGUGUCGUCACUACACGCUGGUCCGUCUCUGGUGGCGCUGCCGGCCUGGAUCGCCACAUCCAGGUCUUUCAGGACGCCCGCCUCAUUUGUGAUGUGGCGUUCCUCCCCGAGGCUGCCCUUAUCGAUCAUUUCUGGGCCAGCCUUCCGCUCGAGUACCGCUCCGAGCUCUGGCGGUACGAGUUCAAAUCGGCCCCGCAGGCUUACGAGGCCGCAAGGGAUCAUCAGCGGAUGCGGGCCCGUCUUCAGCCCGCCUCCUCCUCCCAGCCUCAGCGCACGGGCUACGCCUCCUCCUCCUCACACGACACUUCCCAGCGCCGUUCCCCUUUCCGCUGUCGCCCCCGCCGUUUCGCGCAGCAAGGCCGCCACUUCUCGCGCCGCUUCAGCGCAGUCGAGUAUGGUGAGCUGGACUGUACACCUGCGCCCUCCUUAGUAGCCGGCUUCCCGAUAUCCCCGUCGCGGUUUGCCCCUCUCGCUACUGGACUUGAGGUCUCGCAGGACCCGACAGAGUGUACUCAGCCCUCUGUCGCUGUACAAUCUGCGGCUUGGCAGACCACCGUCUCCCCUCCUACCCCGCCGCGACUACUGACGCGUCGAGCCAUUCGCUCAGCCCGUUGCAGCGAGCAUCUCGGUACUCGUGAGGACAUUGUGUCCUCUCUUCUGGACUUGAGCAUGCUCCAGGCUCGUCAGGAGCGAGUCACCCUCCAUGUCGCUGCACUUCGUCGCCUUCGCACCAUCCUCUCUGACCCUGAUCGCACCCUCCCGAUCAUUCUAGUACGACUCGGGACCUCCACGAGGGUGUACUCAGCGCUGUGGGAUUCUGGUUCUCAGGGUGAUUUUAUUCACCCACGUGUGGUGAAAGAAGCCCGCUUACCCACGAUAGGGUCUGCGACUCCCAUCUCCGUUACCCUCGGGGAUGACAAGACCCAGCGCUUCUUUGAUCAGACGGUCACCAACCUCUCUUUCUUCCUCACUCUCGAGGCGACUGAUUGUCCCUUGGCGUCUUGUCACCACCGCUCCUCCACACAUUUUGAUGUAAUGGAGACGGGGUACGACUUCAUUCUCCGCACUCCGUGGUCUCGUCGGUUCCGCAGCACCGAGGCCGAUUGGACGACCAACACUAUCGUUCUCAAAACGAAGUGUGGACAGACGUAUCGCGUAACUUUCAUAGGUACCACCGCGACACCACGCCCCGACCCUUCUCCCCCGGAGCCUUCCGUGCCCACACCAUCUCCUUCUAUCACUGUCACCUCGCCUCGGCAGUUCGCUCGACUGGACGACGUCACCUUCUCUAUGGUGAACGUGACCGUCGUGCCGGAUCUCUUACACUAUGAUCCACCCUGUCCCGACGCCGAGCUCAUCCCUCUAGAGCCAGAUCCUCCUUCCAUCUCCAUGACUCCCAUCUCUAUUUCCCACCCUCCGCCGUCCGUCGAGUCCACCCCGCUGUCGCGCGCUGACGUUGACGCUGAGGAGCUCGCACGUUAUACGGCUGACCUGGAGCCCGCCGUUCGUGACCUCAUCCGAGAGUACCACGAGGUUUUCCCAUCGCCGUUCUUGUACGCCGGCAUCCCACCGAUGCACGAUGUCGAGCACUCCAUCCAGCUUGUGCCUGACUAUCGAGUUCACCACCAGGCACCCUACAGACUCUCGAUCCCCGAGGCCACUGAACUCAAGCGUCAGCUUGAGGAGCUCCUGGGACUGGGUUUUAUUAAGCCCAACAACUCCCCGUGGGGUGCACCCGUCCUCUUUGCUCGCAAAGCGAAUGGAACUCUUCGUCUCUGCAUCGAUUAUCGCGGCCUCAACCGCUAUACGAUGCACCCCGACACGAGUUGUCCCGCGCUAGAUGAUUGGGCUGCACACAUGACGUCGAUCAUGAAGACCGCACAUGAGCACAUAGUCGCUUCCCAGACUCACAUGGCAGCACGUGCGAACCGAUCGAAGAUGGAUCAUCCAUUCAAAGUCAGUGAUGAUGUGUUUAUCGACGCCUGCCACUUACAGCUCGAACCGGACACGCUUCGCAAGUUUCGGCGUCGGUUCUUUGGCCCAUACCGCAUCCUCCAGGCCGUCGGUUCUGAUACGGCUUCUAGCCUGGUCAGCUUUCGUGUGAAGCUGCCCGACUACCUACGCCAGGCUCGUGUGCACGAUGUCUACCACGUCUCGUUACUGCGUCCUUACCGCAGCCUGUCUGAGCGUUUCGCUGGACGACCAUACGAGCGCCCUCCACCCAUCAUGGUGGACGGCCACGAGGAGUUCCUCGUUUCAGACAUCAUUGGUCGCCGAGUCACCGAUGACAACCCUCCCCACGUCGAGUAUCUCGUACGUUGGAAGGGUUACCCUGAUGAGGAGGCUACCUGGGAGCCCCUCGAGCACUUGCAGCAUGCUCGCAUAUUGGUGCGUGCCUAUGACCGUGCUCGUCGUGCUGGGUUCACUGCUCCUCAGCCCACUGACCCUCCUGCUUCUCCCCCGGAUGAGGAGACCGCUGAAGUCGAGCCUGCUCCAUCUGAGGCAGACCUUCAGCAACAGUCAGAUGCUUCUGAGCGUCCACAGCGCACUCGUCAGCAGCGGGCGCGUCUUCGGCUCCGGCGUACGUCCUCUCCUGUGGCAGCGUACAACGGCGGGUGCUUCUUCGGCUCCGGCGUGUGUGGAUUUGGAUCUGCUGGAGGGUUGAGCAGCGGGCGUGUCUUCGGCGGCUGUGGUAUGUGUCACACUGUGGAGGCGGAACGAUUCUCAGAGAUGGACGUUCGCGGCUGCGGGCAAGGUCUACGUGAAGAAGAGAUCGACGCGAUGGCGAUGGCGGUGACUGCCGUCGUCGUCAAUACGAUGAGCGGCAUGUCGUCGUCCUCACACGACAUGCUAACGCAGCUCCGUAAAAGAAGAGCGUGGUUGCAGAGCAUUGCCGAAGCGCCGGAUUGCGUGGCCACGCAGAUCGUAGUCGUGUGCGCCUCGUACGUGGAGAAGAAGGUCACGCACUACAGGAUGCCAUUGCCAGUGGAGCAGGUGAUCGCUUUCGCGUUGUACAGGUGGAUGUCAGGAGAGACGUACGAGAGCGGCACGUCAGCCUUCAGCAUCGGCAGGGCAACUGGACUGCAGGCCGUCCGCGACGUCACUUCGACGCUGCUGCAGGCGUACCCCGACACGAUAAAGUGGCUAGUGGGCCGUAGACGUGCGCAAAUUCUGUGCGCUUUCUGUGACAAGGGUUUCCCGAACUGCUUCGGCGCAAUCGACUAUACACACAUGUACAUUGACAAGCCCGUCGGCGCACCUUCGGAGAACUACUAUGACCGCAAACGAAAGUUUUCCGUGCAGGCGCAGAUGGUGGUGGAUUUGGAUAUGCGGAUCCUCGACGUCCACGUCGGAUACCCGGGAAGUGUGCACGACGUCCGUGUCCUGCACAAUUCCCAGCUGUGGAGGCGUGCAGAAGCUGGCGAGCUGUUCGACGCACCUCUGGAGAAUCUCCCACACGGUGUUGUCACGCGAGGUUACCUGCUAGGCGACAACGGUUAUCCAAUCGCCUGUCCAUGGAUCGUGCAACCGUAUGGAGGAAUCGACCAAGAUCCUGACAAGGAGUGCUUCGACACGCGACAGAAGGUGGCGCGGGGGUGUGUGGAGAGGGCAUUUGGGCGACUGAAGUGCAUGUGGCAUCUGUUCCUGUGCACCCACAAGACAAACCUGGACACCUUGCCACAUCAAUUCGUGGUCGUGUGCACUCUCCACAACAUCCUCCUCGACGUGGGGAUCGACUUCGAUGAGAACCUUUUGUGGGAGGUGAAUGAGAACGGCGUUCGGUGUAGAGUAGACUUGGGCAUUGUGGGGAAAGGGUGAAGCGGAAGGAUGUGGGUUGGUGCGAUCGGUAGGCGGGAGGAAUUGUGACGUGGCCCGUGUUCAUGGUCGUCGUGCGCGAAGUUGCUGGGUCGAUUGAAUGGCGGCAUGGUUGUCGUUGACGAGUUCCUUUCUUGUUUUCAUCGUGUGGACGGUUGCGUGGUCCGCACAAUUGUGCGA